CCACGUCCAGGCAGAGGUGUACGCUCGACGAUUCCAAGUAGUGUCUCGAGACGGACCAGCACCCAGGUUUUUGGACAGAGGAUUCCAGCCGUCAACAUGAGAGCCGUGUGCAUUGCGCUGAUCGCGCUGGUCGGCGUGGCCGCCGCCAGGAUUAGCAUUCCGCUGAUGAAGAUGAACAGCACAAUCACGAACAUGUACUACAACAGUUCCGAAGAACUGGGCCACAUCGCUCCCCUGAACUACACGCAGCUGCAGUACUACGGUUACAUCACCAUCGGAACUCCGCCCCAAAACUUCAGUGUUAUCUUCGACACUGCCUCUAACCUGACCUGGGUGCCCUCAAUUGGUUGCAGUGUGAAUCAGUGCCAGGAUCGCCCGCUGUUCGACAACAGCCGCUCCUCGUCGUACAGGCCGUACGGCAUCUGGGUGAGCGCCCCUUACAUCGGUGGCGGCAGCAUCCUGGGAACCGCUGCCCGCGAAACCAUCCACGUCGCCGGCAUCAAGGUCGUCGACCAGCUGUUUGUCGAGGCUACCGUCAUUGACCCUAAGAUCUACAACGGCGUGAAGUUUGACGGCGCCAUCGGUCUGAGCAUCGAGUCGCGUUUCCUGUCCGAGCACUGGUCCAUCUUCGACCACAUGUUCUGGAACCGCGUCCUCCCCGAGCCAGUGUUCGCCUUCUACUUCCACCCGACCGUCAACGGUAGCGACGGCGAGUUCGUGCUGGGUGGCAUCGAGAAGUCGCACUACGAUGGAGACCUCACCUAUGCCCAGAGUGCCACCGACGAGUGGAUCGUCCGUUUCCAGGGCGUCAAGAUCGGCCAGCGCUGGUAUCAGAGCGAUAACCUCUACGCCAAGCCGGUGUCCGCCCUGCCGUUCAUCUACGGUCCUCAGAAGCAUAUUGAUUUGAUCCACAAGACCCUGAACGCUUCCAGAACCUCCUAUGGCGAGUACACCGUUGAGUGCGAAGACGUCCCGAGCCUGCCCGUCAUCAGCUUCAAGAUUGCCGGCAAGAACUUCGAUCUUCGCCCCCAGGACUACAUUGUCAAGGUGAACUCUACUUGCUACACCGGCUUUGUCGUCGACACUGUGCACCAGCUGCCCGGUGGCUCCACCUGGCUGCUCGGCCAGAACUUCCUCCGCCGCGUCUACACCAUCUUCGAGACCGGAAUCUUCCUGUGGGACAAGCGCCUUGCCUUCGCUUACGCCCGCGAGAGUCUGUACUAAGUGGAGAGAGCAUAACAACGGACUUUCUCGUUUCCUACUUUGAGAGACGGCGCUUGUGGAAAUAGCUGCCGAAUGCAAUUUUCGAUUGGUUUCUUCUUCUGACCUGGAAUAAAAUUAUCGUUGGUGAACUAAAUAUGCGUGUGUGUGAUA